AUGUGUUCUAUAAUUUUAAUAUCUUUUAUUAAAUACAAGAUUUGCCGAGUACUCCUAGUGGGCAUUCUAGCCCUGUUCGCGGUACCAGUUCUAUACUUCUACACAAAAGCACCACCGCCUCUACCAGCCCUAGAUUUAGAAGAAUGGUGGGGAACAAAGCUAUCAAUGUCAAAGCAAAAUAGUAGUAUACUGCCUUUCCAAGUGGAGUUUAAUGAUAUCAAUAUAAAAGACGUAAAAGAGCGACUUCGUGACCGACAUCCUCUUACGCCACCAUUAGAAGGCGUCGCAUUCGAAUAUGGAUUUAACAGCAAACAACUAGAGUCCUGGCUCAAGUACUGGGUUGAGGAAUACCCUUACAGCGAACGUGAAACGUAUAUAAACAAAUACCCACAAUAUAAAACGAACAUUCAGGGUCUGAAUAUUCAUUUCGUGAGAAUUAAGCCGGAGGUACCCGCUAGCAAAGAAACCGUACCCCUUCUGCUCCUUCAUGGGUGGCCAGGUUCUUUCUUGGAAUUCUAUGAAGCCGUUCCUCAUCUGAUGGCUGUAAGCAAGGAUAGGGACUUCGUUUUCGAACUUAUUAUUCCCAGCUUGCCCGGAUAUGGAUUUUCAAGUGCCGCAACUCGACCAGGUCUUGGUGCAGACAAGAUGGCGGUGGUAAUGAAAAACCUGAUGAACAGACUUGGACACAAGAAGUUCUACGUGCAGGGUGGUGAUUGGGGUGCGCUUGUUGGCAGUCUAAUGGCUACGUUUUUCCCACAGGAGGUACUGGGUUACCACACAAACAUGCCUUUCUUGAGCACGACAGCGUCUACAAUCAUUCGUGUGCUCGGUUCCAUUUAUCCCCCAUUGGUGGUGAGUUCGGAAGCUGCAGACAGAAUGUACCCCAUGUCUAAGUACUUUGGGAUGCUGUUAGAGGAAACUGGAUAUUUCCACAUACAAGCCUCUAAACCAGAUACAGUUGGUAUAGCUCUAAGCGACAGUCCAGCUGGCUUAGCAGCGUAUAUUCUUGAGAAAUUCUCCACCUGGACACGUCUUGACCACCGCUCAAAGCCUGAUGGUGGUCUCACAUACCGUUUCUCCAAAGAUCGGCUCAUAGACAACCUGAUGAUCUACUGGGUUUCGAAUUCCAUAACGACCUCUAUGCGCAUGUACGCUGAGACGUUUAAUAAGAGAUAUUUGAGCCAGAAUUUGGAUGAAAUACAAACGCCAGUUCCGACCUGGAUAAUUCAAGCUAAACAAGAGGUGACAUACGUUCCUGGCUGGAUCCUUAAAUUCAAGUACACAAACCUUUUGAACGAGACCAUACUCCAGGACGGAGGCCACUUCUUAGCGAUGGAGCUGCCUGAGAUUUUCUCUAAAGAUGUUCUGAAGGCUAUUGACGCAUUCCGGAAGUGGCAUAAACAACAACAAAGAACAGAGUUGUAA